AUGGAAGAAUCAUCCUCUUCUUGGGCUGGACUGUCCUUUUCGAAAUCACCCUCUUCCUCAUCAUCGACGUUUUCUCCUUCGUCUGUGAGCGGCGGGGGUGUUCGGUUUAGCCUUGCAAAUAACCUACAAAAUGAUCACGAUAUUGCACCCUCACCUCUCAAUUCUUCCAGUGAGGGAAGGUGCUUUUCAUCGUCCAAUGAACAAGACAAAGAACAUGUAAAAGAGCUUCCUCACUUUCCAUUAUUUUCCUCCACGAUAAAGCCUGUGGAAGAUCAACAUUCUGCUUUUUCCUCGUUUUUAUUUGCAGACACUCCGAUACGAGGAAAUGACAACACGGAGGCUCUUCUUAAACUAACGAAUCAUGCCGAAGAAUUAAAAUUAGAAUUAGACAUGUGGCGAAAGGCAUAUCGAGAAUUACAAGCAAAACAUACGGCACGACUUGAAUCGAUAUUCAAAGAACAAAAACAAAGAGAGGAAGAAUUGCGUGAAAAAUAUGAAGAAGAGAAAGCCUUAUCUUUGAAGUGUGUCUCAAAAGCUAGUUAUGUCAUUUUAACUGAUUUGAAAAACCUAAUGUACAUGCUACGACAUCAAAGCAUUGAAAAUAUUUAUGAAAUGAUCAAUAACGAUCUGAUUGAAAAAGAUCUUGAAACAGAUCAAUUUGUUGCGACCUAUAAGGAAUUCAAAAAUGUUCUGUCUAGUGUCUUCAAAUCUCUAUCUCAUGAGAAGCAAACCAACAAAGACCACAUGAUCGUUAUCAAUAACUUAAAGAAAGAAAAUGAACGCUUAGAAGCUGCUCUCCAUGGCUAUGAAAGAGAAAAGGUCCUUACUCUCGAUUCACUCCGAGACAGUGAUGACGAUAGUGCUACACAAGAACGAAUUGCUAUGCUGGAAGAAAAAACAAAAACACUCGAGAACAUUAUCAAAGACCUCGAAGACAAGAGUGAAAAGAUCAAAGCCGAUAAAAUAGAACUCGAGAAGCAAGUGAUGGCUGAAACUAGGGUGCGUAAAAACAUUGAAAGCAAUGUUGAAACAAUGACAAAAUUGAAGAUUGACGCUGAAAGUCAAGUGAAUUACCUUCGUGAUCAAUUGCAACAAAGGGAACAAAUCAUCAAGACAAAACAAAUGGAAAUUGAUAGAAUUACAGAUUCUCUGUCACAAGCAAAUGACAAGUUACAAAGCUUGGAAAAUUCUCUUGAUAAACUAAAGGAAAAGUACGGAGACGAGAAUUCAUAUGAUUAUUCUGAGCUGAGACAAGAAUUGGAGGAAGUCACCAAACGAUUAAAUCAUAAAACUCAAGAGAAUGAAGACCUGAUAAGAUCAUAUGAAAUGAGAAUUGCACAAAUGCAAAUGGUCAUCCAAGAGAGCCAAAAAGUAAUAGACUUAGAGAGUAAGAAAACAGAAACAAUCACAGCUCAUCACACAGAAUUAAUUGAGGCGGUUGAUCGCUUGAAGGUGUUGUUGCUGGAGUCGGGCGUAAUAAUCAAAAAUACUAGGGAUCAUCAAUCCGUUGUUGACAAAGCUGUUGAAUUUAUUUCUGUCAGAAAUCAUCAUCUUUCUAACAUUACAAGAGAUUUUGAGCUUAGUAAAAAGAGACUGGAAGAGACUGAGAACGACAAGAUAAUUAUCAAGAAAGAACUCGAGAAUGUUAUCGAAAAUUUACAGCGAAAAUUAAGCGAGGAUGCCAGAGCAAGAGAAGAAGAACGUCUUAAAUUUGACUCUAUCGUUCAUACACUUGAGGAGCAGCUUCAACAAAAGAGAGAUGUAUCCAACGAACAGGCACAGAUAGCGGCAGAACAGACCAAGAGAAUGACAAGAACAAUAGAAAGGCUUCAAAUCGAUUUGGGAGAAAAAGAUAAACAGCUUCAAUCAGCAAAUAAUCAAUUACGAUUGUUGAGAGAAGAAAAUGAAUUCGGACUUUCUGCCCGAGACGAAAGAAUUAGACAACUGGAAGAAACAAUUUCAAAGAAGGAAGAUGAUCUUGCUAAAAUGACGGUUGAUCUCAACAAAGAAGUCGAACAUCUCAAGAAGAAGAUCAAGAAAUUGCAAGGUGAUAAUGAAGCAUUGCAAAUUCGCGUGGAUACAGAGAGAGCAAACUUAGCAAAGGAAGCUCAAGCGGCAACUCUGCAACUUGAAGAAGCAUACGCGUCCCGGUUGCAUGACUGUGAAAUGAAAAUGGAUUCGAUGAGCUCGCAAUUAAGCAGUUAUGCUCAUCAAAUCAAAGAACAAGAUGAUCGAAUACUAUUGUUGCUGAAAGAAAAAGAAGAGCUGAUGAAGCGAGACGCAAACACCUCGGUUGAGAAGCUUCUGGAGGAGCAAAUUAAACAGCUCCAAGAUCAUUAUGAAUCCGAAAAAGAAAAGUACCGAUUGCAAUAUGAACAUAUGGUCAAGAAAUACAAGAACUUGAAAGAGAAAUAUUUCAAGCAGUCAUUGAGGCAAAACGAGUUACAGAACUAUUUACUCAAACUCAAGAGAAAACACAAGAAAAAGAAAGAAGAUGCAGACACUGUCGAGGAGGGGCAAGAAGAUGCAUUAGCUGUUGCCACCACAUCCAUGGAUCAACAACAUUCAAAAUUUGCCACCACCAACAUCAGUCCCAUGAAUAGUCAAAUAUUUGGAAAUAAUCUCUACAGCUCGUCGUCACCAGUGAUACAAACAGAAGUUCCUAAUAGGCAUCAGCAGUAUUAUGAUGCUCACCACAUCUCCUCACAAUUUGAAGAUAGUGGAUAUCCUAAAUUCAUCUACCAACCUCCACCUCCAACACAACAACAACAUUCUUCUCCUACUGUGAACGAGAACGCUCUUCCAACAACCUCGUUCUAUCAGCCCAUCAGUUCAGUUUCCAUAACGAAAAAGAGUCCUCCAAAUAGCAACAGUACUCUCAGCAACCAUCACAGCCAACCAUCCAGUCUUUCUCACACCACAAACACCUCACAAAACACAGCUCCUAAAAAGAAGAAAAAGUCAACAACGACAAAUACCACAUCAAGUCAUACAACUACAAGCAGUCGAAGACCUUCUUCCAAUCCUCACACAAGAAGGUGA